AAGAAAAAAGAAAAAAGAAAUGAAAAACCUCAUUUGUAUCUCUCUCUCACACUCUGGAGUCUGACCUUCACUUUGCUAGAAAGAAGAGAGAAAGAGAAGGCUUUUGCUUUCGCUAUUGUUUCUGAACUGUUCAUAGCUUGUUUCUUUGUUUGUUUUCCUAGAAAAUUACUUUAUUUCACCAAUUGAACAUCUUUCAGUUUUCUGGGAAUGUUUGUUUGUACUGUUAUCUGAGAUUAUUUGUCACCCUGCUGUCUUAUCCAACGGUCGCAUCAUCAUCAUCAUCAUCAUCAGAAUCCCAUUUUGGUAGCCAAAACCGGAAAACUAUGUGGGUUUUGGUCGGGAUUUGAGGCUGGUGCUAAAUAAACAUGGAUUUUUAACAGCGCCAAGGGUUUUUUGGGACUGAGAUUUGAUCUGGGUAUUGAAAAUAUUAAGGUUUUUAAGAGUUGUUAUUAUUGGUGGGUUUUAGAGAUGAAGAUUGAGGUGGGUUUGGGUGGUGGGGUUUGGAAUGAUGAGGAUAAGACCAUGGUUGCAGCGGUUCUGGGUACUCGGGCUUAUGAUUACUUGAUAUCAAGCUCGGUUUCAAAUGAGAAUUUGUUAAUGGCUGUGGGGAGUGAUGAGAAUUUGCAGAACAAGCUUUCGGAUCUCGUGGACCGGCCCAACCCCAACCCCAGCGCCUUGAAUUUCAGCUGGAAUUAUGCAAUCUUUUGGCAACUUUCAAGGUCUAAGUCAGGGGAUUGGGUUUUGGGUUGGGGGGAUGGAUCUUGUAGGGAGCCUAGGGAGGGUGAGGAGUCCCAAGCUAUGCAAAUUCUGAAUCUUCGGCUUGAGGACGAGACUCAGCAGAAGAUGAGGAAAAGGGUGCUUCAAAAGCUGCACACAUUGUUUGGGGGAUCAGAGGAGGAAAAUUAUGCCUUAGGAUUGGACAGGGUUACUGAUACAGAGAUGUUCUUUCUUGCAUCCAUGUAUUUCUCCUUCCCUCGCGGGGAGGGCGGUCCUGGCAAGUGUUUUGCAUCAGGGAAACAUGUUUGGCUCUCUGACACAUUGACAUCACAGUCUGAUUAUUGUGUCCGGUCCUUCCUUGCUAAAUCUGCUGGUAUCCAGACCAUUGUUUUAGUCCCAACUGACGUGGGUGUCUUUGAAUUGGGUUCAGUGAGAUCUGUGGGUGAAAGUUUGGAAUUGUUGCAGUCAAUAAGAUCUUCAUUCUCGACACAUCCCUCUCCUGGAAGGAUUAACUCGGUGCCAGUGUUGUCGGUGAUUAAUGAGAAGAAAGAUGAAAAUACCCCUUUUACAAAUUUGGGGAUUGUGGAUAGAGUGGAAGGAAUUCCAAAGAUUUUUGGGCAGGAAUUGAACUUGGGUAACUUGGGCCGUCCCCAUUACAGAGAGAAACUUGCUAUUAGAAAGAUGGAAGAGAGACCAUGGGAAGCCUACCCUAAUGGGAGUAAGAUUGCAUACCCUAGCCCACGAAAUGGUAUCCAUGGUUCAAGUUGGGGACAUAUUCAUGGUGUGAAACAGGGAGUUCCAGCAGAAAUUUAUGGUCCGCAUGCCACCAAUAACUUACAGGAGCUUGUUAAUGGAGUUAGAGAAGAAUUUCGGCUAAACAACUACCAGCCACAAAAGCAGGUGCAAAUGCAAAUUGAUUUUUCAGGGGCCACCUCAAGGCCUUCUGUGAUUUCCCGGCCAAUUAGUGCUGAAUCUGAGCAUUCAGAUGUUGAAGCUUCUUGCAAGGAAGAACGGGCAACUGCAGCCGAUGAAAGGAGGCCCAGGAAACGAGGUAGAAAGCCUGCAAAUGGAAGAGAAGAACCGCUCAAUCAUGUAGAGGCAGAGAGGCAGCGGCGGGAGAAGCUGAAUCAGCGGUUCUAUGCAUUACGAGCUGUUGUACCCAAUAUCUCCAAGAUGGACAAAGCCUCCUUGCUGGGAGAUGCCAUUUCUUACAUCAAUGAACUGCAGGCAAAGCUUAAGAUCAUGGAAACGGAGAGGGAGAACCUUGGGAGCUCUUCAAGAGAUGUAUCAGCUUUGGAGGGUAACCCAAACACUGAAAAUUUGUAUCGAGUUCCUGAUGUUGAUAUUCAUGCUGCCCAUGAUGAGGUUAUUGUUAAGGUGAGCUGUCCUUUGGAUUCACACCCUGCAUCAAGGGUCAUCCAAGCAUUCAAAGAGGCACAAGUUACUGUUGUUGAGUCCAAACUCUCUGCAGCAAAUGACACUGUGUUACAUACAUUUGUAAUCAAGUCUCAAGGAUCUGACCAACUGACAAAGGAAAAGUUGAUUGCAGCAUUUUCCCGGGAAUCCAACUCCUUACAGGCAUUGUCAUCAGUUGGUUAGCAUGAGAAUCAGAUUUAACGUAGUCCAUAGGCGUAAUACAUAGUGGAGAACCCGAUUGAGAAAAUCUUCACAGUUUUUGAUAUACAACAGUGGAUCUUAUAAGGAAAUGCAGUGCCAGCUAAAGUAGAAUAAUUACUACCUAUUGACCAAGUAGGGCAGCAAAUUUUCUGUGAUUGUUUAUAGUUUAUACAUAUUCUGUCAUAUGGGAAGUAUUCUUCUUGCAAGGUGAAUUACUGAAUUAAAUUUGUAAGUUAAACCGACUCUAUUAUUGUUGGUUAUAAAAGCAGAUAAAUUUGUUAUGUUUUUUUAAUUUUAGCAUCUCUAGUAUAUUGUAAUUUUCUAAGUUCAGUGCAAAAUCAGCAUGGUUGCUUGUAAAAUCGCUGCUGAUUGAGUCCUCUGCUCUGAGGGAUUAAUGGAAUUUUUGUGUUUAUAGGCUCUCCCCUUUCCUUGCA